GACAGACUCGAGCGGAGAACGGCCGUCGUACUGCCGGAGCAUCUCAGGGACUAUUAACAGGGAGUGCAGUCGACGACUGAGCUAAGAGCUGGGGGUAUGAGAGCCACCAGAAUCCGCUUCCAUCCUCCACUACCCGGGCUCUUGUCCGACUGACAACCAUCGGAUCAGAACCUCCACCAACCCAGCUCUCGGACGAACCUAAUAUCGGUGACAAGUUGGCAGCAUGGAGCUGAGAGUUGGGAACAAGUACCGGCUCGGGCGAAAGAUAGGGAGUGGUUCUUUUGGAGACAUUUACCUCGGUGCCAACAUCGCCACUGGUGAGGAGGUAGCCAUCAAGCUGGAAUGUGUGAAGACCAAACACCCACAGCUGCACAUUGAAAGCAAGUUCUACAAGAUGAUGCAAGGAGGAGUGGGCAUUCCAUCUAUAAAGUGGUGUGGCGCAGAGGGAGACUACAACGUGAUGGUGAUGGAGCUGCUCGGCCCUAGUCUGGAGGACCUCUUCAAUUUUUGCUCCCGCAAAUUCAGCCUAAAGACUGUCCUGCUUUUGGCUGACCAGAUGAUAAGUCGCAUUGAGUACAUCCAUUCCAAGAACUUCAUCCAUCGAGAUGUAAAGCCUGACAACUUCCUGAUGGGACUCGGCAAGAAAGGCAACUUGGUGUACAUCAUUGACUUUGGGCUGGCCAAGAAGUACCGUGAUGCCCGCACACACCAGCACAUUCCUUACCGGGAGAACAAGAACCUGACGGGCACAGCGCGCUACGCCUCCAUCAACACACAUCUUGGGAUCGAGCAGUCCAGACGUGAUGACCUGGAGUCUCUUGGCUACGUCCUCAUGUACUUCAACCUGGGGUCACUCCCGUGGCAGGGCCUCAAGGCUGCCACAAAGAGACAGAAAUAUGAACGGAUCAGCGAGAAGAAAAUGUCCACACCCAUUGAAGUUCUUUGCAAAGGAUACCCAUCGGAGUUCUCCACAUACCUGAACUUUUGCCGCUCACUCCGUUUUGAUGACAAACCAGACUACUCCUACCUUCGACAGCUCUUCAGGAAUCUGUUCCACCGACAGGGCUUCUCUUACGAUUAUGUCUUUGACUGGAACAUGCUCAAAUUUGGUGCCAGUCGGACAGCUGAGGAUGGGGAUAGGGAGAGGAGGACUGCGGAUGAGAGAGAUGAGCGGAUCGGAGGAGUCCCCAGGGGGUCUGCAUCGCGAGGCCUCCCUCCAGGUCCAAAUCCUGGAGCUCCCAACAGAGUCAGGAACGGCCCUGAGCAAGCCAUUUCUAACCCUGCCUCUCGGGUCCAGCAGUCUGGUAACACGUCACCACGUGCAAUUUCUCGUGCAGAGCGAGAGAGGAAGGUGAGCAUGCGGCUCCACCGUGGUGCUCCUGCCAACGUAUCAUCCUCUGACCUCACAGCCCGCCACGACCAAUCGAGAAUUUCUACGUCACAGGUCAGCGUGCCAUUUGAGCACAUGGGAAAAUAGAAUUUUCCAGCUCUGCAUGCAAGUAAAACUGACAGGGCUUCAAGGUAUAGUUGUUGCUACAGUUUAUUUUCCUUCAUUCUUACUUUGUUCUAAGAAAAGAUGAUUGCAAAUGGACACAUGGGUCUUUGGAAAAGGACAGUAACUCUUUCAGGAUCCAGGAAAAUACACGAUGGUAUCCAGCAAUUUUUUUUUUUUUUUUCCUGCUUCUUCCUUCCUUCUCCAUGAACCCUCUUUACUGAACCUUGGAUCAUCACUACCACAAUACAAAUGACAAAGCUGCACCUUGACAGUUGCUCAUACCUGCCCUCCUCUUCCUCAAAACAUUCCCUCAGCAUUCUGAAAAAUGUGAAGAACUGUUGGCAUCAAAGGAGCAGAAGAGUAUCCGGGACAUGCAUGUGUUUAAUCAAAGGUUGAUUAUAAGCUGACAUUAUUUUCCCCCCAAAAAUGUAUUUUUCAAUUUAGACACAGCAAAAACAUCUUUUGAUUUUCUUAAUGACAUUGGAGUACUUUCCUGUUCUUAAAGGGGGCCUCUUAUGCUCGUUUCCUGCUCCAUAUUUGAAUUCUUUGAGCCUACUAAUAGAAGUAGCUUUGCAUGAUUCACAGUUUAUAAUAAUCCAU